AUGAAACUACCUUUUCUUUUGAUUUCUUUUGCGCGACUGCUCGCCUUCGGCGCUGCAAUCUUCCCUGAGGAUGCACAAGGUAUCACGACCAGGCACAUCAGUGGCCAACCAGGAGUCUCCAUUACCUACAAAGAGACGAAAAUCUGCGAAUCAAAGGCCAAAGCCUGGGCUGGCUAUGUUCACCUGCCUUCAUGGUAUCUGAGCGAAAUCCAGACCGCCGACCCAUACAACGUGUCGAUGUUCUUCUGGUACUUUGAGGCGCGAAACUCGCCAUCCAAUGCCUCUACUGGCAUAUAUCUGGCUGGAGGACCGGGCGCCCCAUCGAUUGGCGAUAUAUUUUCUGGAGCAGGAUCUUGUUACAUCAAUCCCGACUCCAACAGCACCAAAGACAACGCCUGGUCUUGGAACAAUAACAUGAAUAUGCUGUACAUUGACCAGCCAGUCAGCUCGGGCUACUCUUACACACAGCGAAUUCGGUCGACUCUGAACAUGAUGUUUCUCGGCAAUCCCGUGACAGAAACCGGCAUCACACCUAUGGAGGCGUACGGCGGCUCCGUGCCCCCCGGAAACACCACGUUCCUGCAUGGCACGUUUUCUGAGCAGAGUCCCGACAAGACAAUCAACAGCACGUUGUCCGCAGCUAAGACGCUGUGGCACUUUACGCAGAUCUGGUUCCCUCACUUUCCCGAGUACAAGACAAGCGACAAGCGAGUUAGCAUCUGGGGCAACUCGUACGCCGGCUUCUACGUGCCCACCACUGCCACGUACACCGUGCAGCAAAACAGCAAAAUUAGGCAAGGCGCGCGCAACGGAACCAUCAUCCCCAUCGACACGGUCGGCUGGACAAAUGGUUGCGUCGAUAUGCUCUACCAGGGAGAAUGGUACCCCGAACAGGCCUACAACAACACCUACGGUCUGCAGGUCAUCACGAGGGGCGCAUACGAGGAGGCUCUCCGCAACUUCACCAAGCCGGGCGGCUGCCGGGACCAGAUUUCCGAGUGUCGCCGCCUUGGGGACCUCUACGACCCCGAGCAGCUCAACAUCAACGCCAACGUCACCGACGCCUGCGUCGGCGCCACGCUCUACUGCUUCGGCUACGUCCUCGGCGCGUACGAGGCCGCGAGCAACCGCAGCAACUUCGACAUGGCGCACCUCAAGCCGGACCCGUUCCCGGCGUCGUACGCCAACGGCUUCUUCAACCAGGCGUGGGUGCAGCGGGAGCUCGGCGUCGCCGUCAACUACACGUCGUCGCUGCUCGCCAACAACGUGCUGCUGUACGCGGCCGGCGACCCCGUACGCGUGGCCGGCCGCGAGGCGCUGCAGCGGCUGCUCGCCGCGGGCGUCCAGGUGGUCAUGAUGUACGGCGACCGCGACUACCGCUGCCCGUGGAACGGCGCCGAGAGGCUCAGCCUCGGGCUGGAGUGGGCUGGCGCGGAGGGGUUUCGCGGCGCGGGCUACGAAUACGUGAAGACGAGCGGGUGCGCGAGCCAGGGCGUCGUGCGACAGCACGGGGGCUUGUCGUUUGUACGAAUAUUCGAUGCAGGGCAUAAUGCGCAGGGUUACCAGCCCGAAAUCGUCUCACGGCUCGUCAGCCGCGCCAUCGCCGGCAAGGACCUCGCAACUGGCAAGCACGCGACAACCGUUCACGGCGCCAACUACACUACACACGGACCGAGCAGCAGCUUCGGGAUCAAGAACAAGCUACCAGAUCCGCCGGCUUUUGAGUGCAGCUUGUGGAAUGUGGCAUCCUCGUGCACGCAGGAGCAGUACGACGCCUUGAUGGCUGGCACGGCAGAGGUGGAGAAUUACAUGGUGGUGAAGCCCGCAGGAGGAAGCCCUGGAUCGAUUAUUCAGGUCUUGUAG